AUGUCCAAACUAGAUGCUGUUCAAAACGAAGCGGCAGAGCCCCAGAAGGGGGACAAACUCAUGGAUAAUAGCGGCAUUUUACGCGUCCCUUUGACCGAGGAAGACAGUAAGCGCAUCUGCCACAAGACCGACCGGACAAUUCUUGUUGUGCUCGCCUGGGUCUACUUCUUGCAGAUCCUCGAUAAGACAGUCUUGGGGUAUGGAGCAACAUUCGGGUUGCAGGCAGACACAGGCCUCACCGUUGGCCUAAUAACUGUCGUAUCUGCUCCAAUUAUCUACUGGCGCUUGGACAAUGAUAUAUCGACCGCUCGCUUUCUCAACGAUAAGGAGAAAGCUCAAGGAAUGGAGCGACUUCGAGCCAACCAGACUGGAACCGGAAACACCGAGUUCAAAUUCAGUCAUGUCCUCGAGGCGUGCUUGGAGCCGAAAACAUACCUGUGGAUUGGAAUGACAAUGCUUCUCAACAUUGGCGCCAGCGUGACCAACGUCUUCGGCCCACUAAUUAUAAGUGGCCUUGGAUACGAUAAAUACAGGACAACCCUACUUACCAUGCCAUUUGGCGCGUUGCAAUUCAUUAUCAUUCUGCUGGCAAGCUAUCUUGCUCAAACCGCCCGAGUGAAGAGUGUUAUCAUCGCAGCCUUCAUGCUGCCCGUAAUCGCUGGUCUAGCAAUCUUAUAUGCGGUAGCUAGGACUAAGUCUGUGCAGAACCAACUGCUUGCUGGCUACUACCUCCUUGCAUUCUUAUUUGGCGGAAAUCCGUUGAUUGUGACCUGGAUCAUCGGUAACACAGCUGGCACCACCAAGAAGUCCGUCAUUAUGAGUUUUUACAGUGCAGCAAGCUCGGCUGGAAAUAUUAUUGGCCCGUUGCUCUUCAAUGAGAAGGAUAAGCCAGCCUACCACCUAGGUCUGCGGGCAUGCCUCGGGAUUUUCAGCACUUUGGCCGCAGUUAUUCUUAUCCAGUGGGCCAAUCUAUGGCUCCUCAACCAACAACAAGCCCGUCGACGUUUGAAGAAUGGCAAGAGAGCUGAAAUGGUUGACCUUUCGAUGCAAAAUAAUUAUCACGAUAUGCAGGACAAACUAGAGGAGGCUGGACAUGAGACUGUGCAAGUUGGGGACAAUGCGUUUCAGGAUCUGACCGAUCGGGAGAAUGAUGAAUUUGUUUACAUCUAUUGA